UGACAGGCUGCAGCAGAGGAAGAAACCGAUGAGAUUCUUUGUGUUUAGCUUUAAAAUUGAUCCAUAGAAAACACAGUUUAAUGCGCUUUUUUGUGUGCCAAAAAAGCGACUUAUUUCAUCAUGUCUGAUGGGAACACAUCGGGGAUUGAGAGGGGGCUGACGGUGUUAGCAGAUCGGGUCUCUCAGCCAACAGAGGGGAACUCUUCCUCUUCCUCAGGGUUCCUGCAGGCUGAGCUGGAGUUAAACGCCCACCUCCGGGGGAUCACCUUCGGAGAGCCCGUCCGCUUUGUUUACAACCCGCUAGAAUACGCAUGGGACACCCACCGCUGCUACGUGGAGAAGUACUGUCUGCCCGGACAGAAGGUCCUGUUUUUGGGGAUGAAUCCUGGACCUUUUGGCAUGGCACAGACCGGGGUCCCGUUUGGUGAGGUGAAGUCGGUCGUUGAUUGGCUAAAGAUCACAGGGGAGGUUGGUCACCCCGCUGAGGAGCAUCCAAAGAGACGGGUCCUGGGCCUAAGCUGCACUCAAAGUGAAGUGAGCGGCGCUCGGUUUUGGGGUUUCUUCAGAAAACUGUGCGGCGAGCCCGAGCGUUUUUUCCGCCACUGUUUUGUUCACAAUCUGUGCCCACUGAUCUUCAUGAGCGCUAGCGGGAAGAACUUGACGCCCCCCGAGCUUCCUGCAGACAAACGAGAAGCCCUGCUCUCUCUGUGUGAUGCAGCUCUCUGCAAAGUGGUGCAGGCGCUGAACGUCUCCAUGGUGAUCGGUGUGGGGAAGGUUGCCGAGCAGCGGGCCCGCCGGGCGCUGUCCGCUGAAGGGAUCGAUGUGCGAGUCGAGGGCAUCAUGCACCCAUCGCCCAGGAACCCUCUGGCCAAUAAGGGCUGGGAGGCGGUGGCUAAAGCCAAGCUGGAAGAACUGGGUGUCCUCUCUCUGCUCAGUAGCAGCUAAUAAGCCUCAGCAGCUGUACGCUCACCCUGAUGGUUAAUCAGGAGACUAGAAGCAGGUGAAAAAUGCUGGCAUAUAUAUCUUCCACCCGUAUCCAGGCUAUUAUCACAAACACUAUCUAAUCUGACCUCAUGUUUUCCCUGAAUGUUUGUGUUUAUUAAUGUUUCCAGGUUUCAAGUGGAGGAAAUAACUGUUGCUCUCCCAUAAAGGCAUGAGCAGUCUCUAUUUUUACGGUGGGGUUAUUCCACUCAGAGUUAAAAAUAUCAAUGAACGACUCAGAAGGAAAAUAGUAAACAGAUUUAGGGUGGCAUGGUGGACAUGAACUGUUUGAUCAUCAAACAAAACUUGACUUUUAACUUGGUGUAGAAGCUGCUGGUUCCCACAGCUGUUUUAUUAUUAGCAGGUUGCCCACAUCUGUUUGGUCAGUUUCAUGUAGGCCUUCAUGCAGUCUGGGGAGUUUGGCCUUUUAUCUGUAUUUCUGGGUUUGGAUAGGUAUGAAGAUGAAAAAUGAGUGUAUAAAAACGAUUUGUAUA